UCCAAGAGAAGCCAAGAUAUGGAAUUCAGUUCAAGCCUCCUGCUGUUGAGCCUGGCCUGUGCCUGCGCCUGCCUCUGUGCCCCCGCCGCUGCCUAUCCGGCAGAUGAACAGCAUUUGGUCUAUGUGGAGCCCUCGGAGUUUUUCCCCGAUUUCCUUGAUGUGGAGGUGGACCAUCCGCGAGUGCGUCGCCAGUUGCAGCUUCAGGGAGGCGGCGGCGGCAGCCCUCGCCAGGGCUUCGACCUCAGCCUGAACGGCCGUGCCCCCGUGUGGCAGAGCCCGAACGGCCGACACUCCUUCGAUGCCACGGGCCACUACGGCCAGCACUUGGGCGGACCCUACGGCAACAGUCGUCCCCAGUGGGGAGCCGGAGGACAGUACACGUUUAGAUUCUAACGAAUUUGAUAGAUCAAUCCAUCGAAAUUUAUUUUAUUUAAUUACAAUUCACAUUAAAAACGAUUCAUCUAAAAAGA